AUGGCAGCAAGCCAUUCCUCAGGAGCAAAUGUGAGAUCAUCCGUGGUCCGAUCAAGCAGUGUGCAAGCUGUGCCUAUGACGCCAACCAGUGUCCCUCAGCAAGCAUCUCGCAGAGCAGCAUCAGGGGGAGUCGGAUCCCACGCAGCACCCAAGGCGAUUUCCUCAAGCUCAAGAAGCAAUCGAUCAGAUAGAGAACCUCAAGUCGGCGAUGGACAUACUGUAACGACUGGUCAUUGUCGUCCUAUUAUACUGGAGGAGAGCUCUGGGCCGUCCCCACUUCCGUUCAUUGAUGCUGCCUCGAGACCGCAAGAGUCGCUUCUAGAGGAGUGCUGGACUGGCCAAGAACAGUCCUAUGAACACGAACACAUUGGCCAAGGAGGCGGCUCGGAUGUCGGCCGACUUUGGGGAGGCAACCCAACACAGGCGCCGGUUAACGAGACCCAGGAAGGUGGCGGAUUCGGCGGGAUGCUAGAUUAA